AGUCAGGGACCUUCAACUGUUUUUUUUGUUUACAACCAAGCUGACUGGACGUUAAGUGUCAGACGCCCCGUAACUUUCUUUUCGAACUCAUUUAAAAAUUUUAAGAAGUCACCGUGUAUUGAACCUAUUAAAAUAUGGACGACUUCAAUGCCAAGAAAUCCAGAGCUAGCAAGAUGCGGCAAGAUAAGUAUCGAGAUCGUCCUAAAAAGCCAGUAGACAGUGGUUCCAAGGGAGGUAAGGGAGAUUCAAAGGAAGUUAAACAAGACAAAACUUUUCAGCAAACAGAUGUCAGUGAAGUACAAACAACUAAAAAUAUUGCUCUUGCUGAAGAGAAUGUGCCCUCAUUUUCUAAACGUAAGCUGGUUAGUAAUUGGGACAGGUAUGAGGAACCUGUGCAUGUUGGUCGAUUUGAAGAGGAUGUUGAUGCCAUUGGUGCUCAUUUUGAAGAACUACUGUCAGUGCCAAUUUCUGGUGGUCAUCUAAAGAUGAAGCAUGAGCAUGAAUGGGAGAAAGAAAAGUCUGAACUUCAAAUGCCAUGGUUUCAACUUAACAUUCAAGGAGUUGAACAAAAUCUGUCAACAAUAUCUUUUUGUAAACGGCAGAAUCUACCUCAAAAUAUAUUUUCUGAAAACCAGCUUCAACGAAUGGUAGUAAGAGCAAAACGCAAUGCCACUUCACUGGCUGAAGUGAAUGCCAGCAUUUUAAAGGUGCAAAAUCUGCAUGUGGGGAACAGUGUUAGUAAUCAAGUAGACAUCAAAGAUAAAUCUAUUCUAAAAGAUCCAUCUGUCAUUGACAUUAAACGCCCCCUUCAUCAUAUGGAAUUUCCGGAAGUUAAAGAGAGUGACAAUUUGGAAAAUCAGGACUUAGAUGAUAUUCUGGCUUUACAUGAGAGCUCUUCUAAUUCAAGUUUAAUGACAACAAUCAAACCUACAGUAGAGGUUCCCAGCAAAGAAGAAGCUGAUUCAUCAAAUAUCAUAAAGGAAAUACCAACUUUGGCGCCAUCUGAUACAUCUGUCAACACUACAAACACAACUCAACCUACAGUCUCAUUAGACGAUUGGUUGGAUUCAAUUCUUGAUGAUUAAAAUCAAUUUCAUCAAUCCAUGUUCUUACUGUAUACUCAAAGGUAUUUUGUUAUGAUUCAAAUAUAAAAGUUUAUUUUUCAAAUCUGA